AUUGUUGCUAUUGCGAUGAAAUCCGUUACAACUGGUCUGGUACCAAAACUGCAAGGUAGAAACAUUUAACGCUUCGACCAAAAACGUCUACCACGUGACCAUAUCUACCAAACAAACAUCGGUACCCAGCGCCGACAAAAAGCUAACAAAACAAUCUAAUCCGACACCAGAGGAAAAUGGUUCUUGUACACGUCCUAAGCAGCGCUCAUUCCUCGUUAGAUAGUCGAACAACCAAACGCGAUGAAGCACGGUUUAACACUUUUGGGAGCGGGAGUUCUAUUCAGCACGUGCCUCUUAAUACAGUUUUCUACAACCGAAUCGGCUGCCAUCAUAGAUCAGGGCAGUGCUCACUUCAAGGCCCAACAGAAAUCGUGCAGCAAUCUUUGUGGAUUCUGCCAAUCUUGUAAUGGAUUCUACUGCGGCGAAGAGUGCAUCUGUGAAUGUCGCCAAGAUGCUAGUGAACAUGUCCAAUGCAUUAACAAAAUCAUGGAGAACAGCGACAAGCUGGGACUGAUGUACGACGUGUUAAUCCAACUGCCGAAUAAUGGCGGAAGUCAACACGGUAGCAGCUCCAUCAGCUCUUCAACACGUUUCUCCCGAAGUGCGGCACCGAAGAAGCAUCACCAUGACGUGAUGGACGCGGAAGACAUUGCCACAUUUAGGAAGGUACUGUUUUCAAACUUUGGGCCAUCGCCGGCAUCGUUGGUUAAAUUGGCAUCUACUACCGAUGAUCAUUUGACAGGUGAUGGAGCUCAUCAAGCUGCCGGGGCAGUUCGCUCAGUUGGGUCUUCCGACGAAGUUGCGGUUGAAUUCGCACUCGAGUCGCCGUCAGCCGAAGCCACAAGGCCGGAGGACGAUGCAUUGAUUGGUGUGGAUCGGUAGGACAUUGUUGUGGGACGCAGAAGGGAGCGAGUGAUCUGGUAUUUAUUUAAUAGCAAUUAGAUGCGAAAAUGUGCUACUCUGUAUGGAAUAAAUCGUGAUAUUAAUUUCAAUCAUUUUUUAUAAGCUGAAUCUUAAUUGAGAAGUUACUUUUGAAAUGGCCUAAACUAAGUUUGGAGACAAAAAGUUGCUAAAUUA